AUGUUUCUAGGGUUUAAAAAUGUGCUCACUCUGACUGGUUUUAAAUGGAUGGGUAACAAAACGGCAGAACUCCGCGCUCAAGGUAAAACAGUAAUUUUGGCAUGGGAAGAGAGUAUUGGUUACAUGCCUGGAAACUCACUUGAUAAGGAUGGAAUCAAUUGUACUGGAGUGUAUGCGGAGAUGGCUUCUUGGUUGCAUGGUCAAGGAAAAACCGUUUUGGAUCAGCUCUAUACAAUCUAUAACAAGUAUGGAUUCCAUUUAAUUCGCUCCUCUUACUGGUUCACACCAAGUAAGGAAACAACGAAAAGAUUGUUCGAUUCCCUAAGAAAAGAUAAAAAGUACCCUGAAAAGGUUGGUGGUGUAGCUGUGAAGAGUGUUCGUGAUCUUACUAUUGGCUACGAUAAUUCGCAACCUGACAACAAGCCUUACCCUGAAAAAGUUGGUGGUGUAGCUGUGAAGAGUGUUCGUGAUCUUACCAUUGGCUAUGAUAAUUCGCAACCUGACAACAAGCCUACCCUACCUCUCUCAACAACUUCCGAAAUGAUAACAUUCUUCCUUGCCAAUGGAAAUGUUGCCACGAUUCGUGCAUCUGGUACAGAGCCGAAGAUCAAGUACUACAUGGAACUUAAGACACCGCCUGGAAAGACAGCAAGUGAUCUCGCCGAAGUAACAAAAGAGCUUGAUCAACUCGAGAAAGAUGUAGUCGAUACACUUCUUCGACCACAAGAAUUUGGCCUUAUUCCCCGCAAGUAA